AUGGGCAAUGGAAAGUGUGUAAUAGGCAUGAACAAUACAAAUUCAUUUCCGCUGUGGUCACUACAGAGUGUCCGACUUCGUAUUAUUAUUAUUCUUGCAAUUGCACUUUGUAUCGAAGGUUUGAUGCGCACAAAUAUGAAUAUGGCAAUGAUAUGUAUGGUGAAUUUAACUGCUGUUAUGCAGUUUAAACAAUCAUUUGUUGCUCAAAAAUUGGAGGAACCGCUACUGAAAUAUAAUUAUACCAUUUUAUCAAAUUCAUCUGUCAAAGUAUUUGAAUAUAAUCGAAAUUAUAAUGGUGAUUUACUGUGGACAGGUCAAGAACAAGCAUGGGUUUUUGCUGCAUUUUACGUUGGUAGUUUACUUGUUGUGUUUCCAGGAAGCUAUCUGUGUGAUUGGAUAGGUCCAACUUAUACUGUACAAGGUGGAGCGAUUAUUAAUGUUAUUGGUUCAAUAACAACUCCAUAUAUUUCACGUAAUGUUGGUGUUAUCGGCGUAAUUAUCAUACGGUUUCUGAUGGGUUUUGGUCAAGGUAUAUUGACGCCAUGCAUGAAUGUACUUAUUGCUCAUUGGUUUCCGUUAUCGGAAAAAAGUACAGCGGUUGCUCUAGCAACUACUGGCAAUCAGUUAUCUAUAAUUUUUGCAAUGUUCAUCACAGCCGAACUUUGUCAGAUGUCACUUUUUGGUGGCUGGCCAGCUUCAUUUUAUCUCUACAGCUUAUUAGGUAUUGGUUUAUGUUUUGGUUGGUCUCUGGUUGUAAAAGAUGUACCAACUCGUGUAAAGCAUAUCACAGAUGCUGAAUUGACUUACAUCACUGGUUCCGCAUAUGGACGCGGUCAGAAGCGCGUAAUUCCUCUGAAUGUCCCAUGGCAAAAAAUAUUAUCGUCAACUGCAGUCUGGUCUACAGCAUUAAGUUCAUUUUGUCAUUCAUUUGUAGUUGUUGGUACCGUGACAUACUUACCUCUCUAUUAUCGAACUAUACUUAGUAUGGGUCUCACUUCUAACGGUGUACUUUCGGCACUGCCUUUCAUUUGUCAGUUACUAAGUAAAUUAGCAUUUGCUGGUCUUGCAGACAAAGCGAAGGAAAUUGGUUUUUCACCAAAUCAAGUUACAAAGAUAUGCAAUUCAUGCGCAUCACUUGGUGGUGCAUGCUGCUUUACUGCACUAAUAUUUUUUGACUACAGUCAUCGAAAAAAGGCUGUAUUUUUCAUGUGUUUUGCAAUGGGUAUUUUAUCUGGUUUUGUUCUAGGAUACAAUACCAGUAUUGUAUGUAUUGCUCCAAAGUAUACAUCAUCAGUGGCUUCAUUCUGUAGGCUUUGGGGAACAGUUGGUUCCAUCACCUCACCUUAUAUCAUUGGAAUGAUCACCAUAAAGAGUGUUAUGUCAGAAUGGAAGACUGUUUUCAUAAUUAUGAUAUGCAUACUAAUAUUGACUGGCGCAAUUUUCCAGUUAUUUGGUACAGUAAACGAACAGGAAUGGGCGCAAGAUGUAUCUGGUAUCUCAGUUCUAAAUUAUGUUAAGCCAUUGAGUGAGAAAGAAAUGGACAAGACACCAAAACUAGAGUUAGAAAAAGGUGUUUAA